AUGACGACAAAUAGGUCGGCGUUUAAUAACGUGGAGAUCAAUGAGAUUAAGAUCAGUGUCGAUGACAAUGGAAAGGCAUCCCAUAGUGGACAAGGAGCCAGUUCAAGUACUGGCGGAGGACAUGGAGGUCACGGGGACGGGGAGUUUGAUUUUGGCGACAUAUUCAUACACCAAGCGAUUCAUACGAUCGAGUACUGUCUUGGCUCCAUAUCCCAUACGGCCAGUUAUUUGCGAUUAUGGGCCCUGAGUUUGGCCCACUCCCAGCUCAAAAUGCAUGAUGGACCACCAUUUGACGUGAUGAACAUAGUCACCGGGAUCAUGAUGUGGGUCAUAUUUGCUGCCUGGGCUGCCCUAACCAUAGCUAUACUCUUAUUGAUGGAGGGAUUGUCGGCAUUCCUACACGCCUUACGACUUCACUGGGUCGAGUUUAAUAGCAAAUUUUAUGAAGGAGCUGGAUACGCAUUCCAGCCCUUUUCAUAUAAGUCUAUUAUCCAGCAAUUGAUUAAACCUGAUGAAUAAAUGGAAAUGAGAGAUAUUGGUGCAAGAUUAUUUAAAAUGUGUAAUCAGGAAUUUUAAUUAUUAAACUUAUAAUGCAAAUAAUGUGC